GGUUCAGAAAGUCUGACCAACUAUAUUGAUAAUCGAUUUGCAGCCUAGUGUUGAAUCACAUAAUAUUGUCGAACUAUCCUUUUUUCUCGUGCCUAUGUGGAAACAGAAGCUUCUGGAUUUUUCCGAUAGUCCAUAUCUAAGUAAUUGACAUUUAAAUUUUUUGCCUAUCAUUCAAACUUUGGUCGGGUUAAAUUCUUAGCCGUAACUUGGACUAUUUUAAUUUGAUAUUCUUGCAAAAAAUGGAUACAGAGAACUGUACCACAACGUCUUGCCUGCCGGAGGUAAGAUCAUCAAUGGUAUCCUUAGGUCCUGGUCUAAAAAACCACUCUUCUUGGCAGUGCAAAACUGCCCGGAACAGCGGCUCCUCCAAUCCGGUGUCCGCUGCGAGCAAUAAUCCUUUGCCUAGCGCCAACGGGGGAAAUGAUGCCGACGAGCAUUUGCGCAAGAUCUUCAUUGGAGGCCUAUCCACCCAGACGACUGCGGAUACCUUGCUCGAAUUCUUCAGGCAGUUCGGAGCCGUGUCCGAUGCGGUGGUCAUGCGCGACCCGGUGAGGGGUCACUCAAGGGGUUUUGGGUUCGUCACCUAUGUGGAUCCCACAUCCGUCGACAAGGUUCAAAAGGCCCGGCCACAUACCAUUGAUAAUAAAUCUGUGGAGACCAAGCCAGCUUUGCCACGUCACGAGUUUACCAAGCCAGGAGGAGGUUCAGGUCUUGGAGGUAGUGGACCCGGCGGCGUCAAAACGACCAAGAUCUUCCUGGGCGGUCUGCAGGACUGUCACGAUGAGAAAACCAUUCGCGAAUACUUUUCGCAGUUUGGCGCAGUCGUCGGCGUGAAAUUGCUGAUUGACAAGGACACUGGGCGUAAGCGAGGAUUUGGAUUCCUGGAGUUUGGAGAUCCAUUAGGUGCCGAGCGGGCUUUGGCCCAGAGCAAGCACUCGAUCAACCUGAACACGGUGGAGGUGAAGAAGUCCACCCAGAAGCCUGAUCCCGGCAAGCGCCUGCGGUUCCCCGUUUCCGGAUCCGUUCGUGCCGGCUACAUUCCACCGCAGCCGGCCUCUUUGGACAGCUAUAGCCGCAACAGCAACUACAAUCCGUACCUGGUGCAGUCCGUCCUGCCACCAUCGGCAUUCAUCAAUGGUUGGGCUGCCUAUGUGACACCUGUGGUGCCACCAGCUCCGCCCGGGCACUACGCAGGCCAUCCCAAACAACAUCCAGGGCAUCCAUUCACCGGCUACGGUCCAAAUGCCUGGGCCUCUUACCCGAAACCCGGGAAAUACGCUGCUCAGGAGUGGACACCCAGCAAGCUGGGCGAAUGGCCACCAAAGGCUGGGCACAAGCAUGCCCAGACCUCGACCAGCGAUCGUCCCAAGAACGAUUCUAAGAGCGUCCAGGUGACUCCUUCGGCCACCAAAGUGGAUCUAGGUGCCAGGGGCGAUGCGGAUGGCGGUUCGGGAGUUAAGCUGGGUCCGGGAUUGAAGGCAGGAGCAUCGGUUGGAAUUGGCGCCAUUAAGAAGUGGCCCACCGGCGACUACAAGAUCUUCAAGCCCGCUCAAGCUCCAGCCCAUGACCUCAAUCCAAAAAUGGGCAACGGGGGCUCACCACCAGCCUAUGGCGUCUAAUUUGGCGAAAACUGGAUCGACGUUUUCCACAAUCACAUAGCUAAUGGUAUUUUCCGAUUUUUUACGAUGUAUGCCAUACCUUUAAGAGGAAGAAUAAUAAACAAAACAAUACACCGAAUUUUUAAGACUUAAAAUCGUAAACUCUUGUUCUUUAUUUAUACUAUUUCUGUU